ACGGCGGCAUUCGCCUUGAGAACAGAGCCGGCAGGAGGAGAGCGGAGCCUGAAAGCGACACCUGCCCUUAAGCGGACCCGGGGAGGUUGCAACUCCAAAGCAGCAGCCAGAUAGCCCCCUGCAAGAAACUUUCCUCCGCAGCCACCCUACCUCACUGCUCGGCGCAAUUCCCUUCGAGAGGCUUAGCGCAGUUUCCCUGAACUUGGCGCCUGCCCUGCCAGCGAAACCAGCAGCCCGCCGCGCUCAGCCCGCCGAUCCGCCUGCUUUGCCCGACCCGCACCGGCCAGCUAUGAGCUCAGAGCACUUGGUGUACGACCUGGAGAAAGGGAGCCGCGUGAUCCUGGUGGACAAGUCGUUGCGCAAAGAGGGCCCCUGGAAAUGUCUGAGCAUCUGCUCCUUCGUGCUCCUGAUCGGGGCCACGCUGCUUUUCACCCUCUUGCAGUUCGGAGCUUUCCGGCAGUCAGAAACCGAGGAAAACAGAAACCCACUUUCUGAAGGGUUGCCGGCGACCAUGAAAGUGCAGGCUCUGGUGUCCAGGAAACCAGCUGCACAUGCCAUUGCUAACUUAAGUCGCCACAACCAGUUGCUCUGGACAACCAAGGUAGCACCUUCCAUGUUGGAAAAUGGCAUGCAGCUAAAUGAAAAUGACAAUUCCCUCGUCGUGCCUUCCACCGGACUCUAUUUUAUCUACUCUCAGCUCUUGUUCCACGGAAAGGGCUGCACGUCCCCCGUGCUGCUCACCCACACCAUCUCCUGGCAGUCUGCACAAUUCAACACAGAAGUGGACUUGCUGAAAUCCAUGAAGACCGUCUGCGAGGGGGGACGUGAUCCCCCCAGCCACUCAAAGUUGUGGUUCGAAUCAAUUUACCAGGGGGCUGUUUUCAAGCUGCAUAAGGGAGAUCGCCUCUGGUCUAAAACCGAUUUACCUCACCAUCUGGACUUAACACGGAGUGGGCAGAUCUAUUUCGGGGUGAUUGGCAUGUAGGCGAUUGUCCUCACUGAGCGCCCCCUUGCCUCAUAGUAAGUUUUCCAGUAUUCCAAGCAAAGCCCAAGCGAACAAAUAAUCCAUGCCUCUGUUUAUUAGAAAAGCCAGCAAAAAAAAAAAAAAAAAAACAGGGGUCUGCUUGGAUGGCCAGUCUUAAGACCAAGAAGACCCUGCUGAUAUGAAGGAAAUGGCACAUGGUCUAGAAGGCUUGGGUGGGUGCA